UGUGUCAUAAAUAUAGUAGUUGUGCGGUUACUAUUAACAGUAGCUGCACAAUUUCUGCUUUGACUUAAUCGUUUAGUUCUAAACUUAUGAAUCAAAUUGAGCUUUUGCAGGACAGUUUUCAAACCAGCUGAAAUUAAUUUAACCGAAGUGCUUUAACGCAAAUGUACUUCUAAUCGUAAAUACGUCCGAUAAUUUUAUAUAGAAUGAAAGCAGUAAUUCUCAUUGGAGGCCCAUCCAAAGGGACCAGAUUUCGACCGCUAUCAUUAGAUAUACCAAAACCAUUGUUUCCUAUCGCUGGCUUACCAAUGAUACAACAUCAUGUAGAAGCUUGUAAAAAGGUGUCGUGUGUUUCUGAAGUUUUAAUAAUUGGCUCUUACAAUGCUGCGGAUAUUCAACCAUUUGCCGAUGAAAUGUCACGUAGCAAUAGCUUGGUGAUUAGAUAUUUACAAGAAUAUACACCAUUGGGUACGGCUGGAGCGAUGUAUCAUUUUAGGGAUCAGAUAAGAGCAGGUGGAGAGGACAGUUUCUUUGCCUUCAAUGGAGAUGUGUGCGCCGAUUUUCCAUUAGAAGAGCUUUUGCAAUAUCAUAAGAGUAAAAAAUCCCUAUUAACAAUAAUGUCUACGGAAGCUACUAGGCAACAAGCCUUGAAUUAUGGCUGCUUGGUCGUUAACAAUAAAGGUUGCGUUGCGCAUUAUGUAGAGAAGCCUUCAACAUUUGUGUCAAACUUGAUAAGUUGCGGAGUGUACGUAGCAUCGAAUGAAAUCUUUCAGACAAUGGCAGAUGUCAUUUAUUCCGAUCGUUCUCAAGAAAAACAGAGAAUUACAAAUGGCUACGGUAAAGACUCCACUUACAUUUCGCUAGAACAAGACAUUAUGAUAAAAUUAAUAAAUAGUGAAAAGCUAUUUGCAUUGCCGGUUGAAAAUUGGUGGUCACAAGUAAAAACUGCAGGCUCUGCAAUUUAUGUAAAUCGCCAUUAUUUGGCACUCUACAGAUUGCACAAACCAGAGCGAUUAGUAUCGGCCUCGAACAUUAAGUAUCAAAUAAUCGAUGAUGUUUACGUACAUCCUUCCGCCUCCAUUCAUCCCACUGCUGUUUUGGGCCCGAACGUGAGCAUCGGCGCCAACGUGACGGUGGGCGCGGGUGUGCGCAUACGGGAGACUAUCGUUAUGGAGAACGCGCAGAUCCAGGCGCACUCGAUCGUCCUAUAUAGCAUCAUCGGGAAGGACAGUCGAGUGGGCGAAUGGGCGCGUGUCGAGGGCACGCCCUGCGACCCCAACCCCGACAAGCCAUUCGCGAAGAUGGAGAACCAGCCGCUUUUCAACAUCUACGGACAGCUCAAUCCCUCGGCUACCAUACUCGGAUCCUACGUCAGUCUGGCGUCCGAGAAAAUACUGCUGAAUUCAAUUAUAUUGCCGCACAAAGAAUUGACCAGAGACUUUAAGAAUGAAAUCGUAUUAUAAACGUCGACAUUAUUUAAAGAAUAUAUAAAAAUUUGAGGUAUAUAAUUGUUAAAAAUUUGGAAAAAUCUUUUCAA